AUGCUGUUGGUAAUUGAGCAGCAAUUGAUUAUAAAUGAUGGACGCACGGAUCUUAGUGCUUCGGUCACUUCGAUUCGUGUCCAUCUGGCCUGUCUCUGUAUGGUUGAAACUUAUUGGAGUCCACAUCAAUCCGCGUCAAUAUCACCAAAAGGUCGUUUGCUGACCUUCAGAUCGAGUCCGCCCUGCCCCGACAGACAUAAUUCGUCCUGGACUACAGUCACUCUAGACUUCAGAGCUGAAACUCUAAACAAAGACCUGGAUCGAAUUCUUGGCCAGUUGACAAUGCUCGCCACAUUGAUAAUGCAAUUUAAGGGUUUCGCACCAACUACAUCCACUCCCAAUAUACCAGACUUCACUCCACUCAGCAUCAACAAUUAUUCUGAGCCUCAUUCAAACGUAAGCCUAACUGAAAGUAAAGCAGACCCGUCAAGUUCCCGCCGUCUCAUACUUCUAAUAUUAGCCAUUCUUGCCGUGCUUUUUAUUUUACUUUAUUUUAUUCUCGCUUGUCGGCACUCAGAAAUAUCAACUAUUUUUACUGAAGCGAUAUUUGAAUCCCAAAACGAUAGUCUUCGAACCUGUCCUAUAAGAAGGCAGAGCCAGUUAUCUAGGUGGCCAUUUCCACACUUCAUUCGAUGGGAACUGAUUGGGAAUUCAAACUCCGCAUGGUAG